UCGAAACAAGCCAGUGGUAGAAUGGGAAAUGGCACCGGCUAAGGUUGUGCUCUGUUAGAGACUUGACUCCGUUAGUGUGAUAAAAGGAGCUUACGAACAGCACUUAUAAAAGCCAUAAAGCAAACGAGCCAUGAGUCCUGAAUCUGGGUUCAAGCUACUUUCCUGUUCCGUUCAAGGCUUUUUCAAGAGGUUCGCUGCUGUCGCCGUCGCCGUCGCUCUCCUUCAGCCCUCACCAGUACGGUGUGACUUGGACCUGGCCGAGUACUGGCCCGAUAAGUGUCAGACCACGGCACAGGAAGGCCACACUCCAGGCAUGUGCGUGCCCGCUGCCUGGUGCCCAUCCUUGGAGGGCGCGGCCCGUCGCGAUGACCUACCUUCCUCCUGUCGCGUCCGCGACGGCUUGCCGCUGAAAUGCUGCCCGACAGAAGACGUUGUGAAACCGGCACCGUCAAACGUAGGCUGUGGUACCAUAGUCAACGAUCCUGGAGGUCUCCGUGACAGACAAGUUAAGGAAGGCUUUACGCCCGCAAGCUCGCCGUGGCCUUGGAUGGUAGCCAUAUACAAAGGCGACCAGUUCAUUUGCGGCGGCUCUCUCUUGGACGACAACACUGUGCUGACGGCGGCCCAGUGUUUCUAUAACAUGAAGGACACUGACAUCGGAAACUACAAGGUGCGACUUCGCAUUUCGGAGCUGAAUGAGACGGCGAGCCCGCACGUCGCCAAUCUUCCCGUCCUCCGGAUCCUUCCGCAUGAAGACUACAGGGUGCGCCGCUUCUACAACGACAUCGCACUCGUCAAGACUGCCAGCAAGGUCGGUUACAGUAGCCACAUCCGGCCGGUGUGCCUGCCGCAGCCGUACUUUGAGCUCAGUGGACCGGUCACCGUGCUCGGCUGGGGACAGUCUGUUUUUGGAGGAGGGAAGCUCUCGGCUCAGUUACAGGAGCGUCACGCGUCGGUCAUCAGCAACAAGGAGUGCGAGGAGAUCUUUGGACAAGUGGCAAGCUUCUCGGCCACCGCAACCAUCACUCAGAGCAUCGUGUGCGCACUCAACGAAACGGGCGUCGAUUCAUGCCAGGGCGACGCUGGCGGACCCAUGCUGGCUCGGGGCCCCGACUUUCGCUGGUACGUCGUGGGCCUGGUGUCUUUCGGCAUCGGCUGCGGCGGCCGUUAUCCAGGAGGAUACACGCGCGUCACAGCGUUCCUCGACUGGAUCGCGCGAAACAGGCACUGAACAUGCGUGGUGGGACGAUAUAGGCCGAAUAGCCGCUGGAUCAACCUAAUUAUUUCAGUCACCACUACGAACGCAGGUGCGCGAUAUGUUACAAGCAGUACAGCGGAGCCUGCUUGGUUUGCAUGCGCUGCACAUACUGUCGCACUAUGCCAACGCUUUAGUAAAGAACACUGGAAUGCAAUGACAAAUAAAGAAAACGAAAAUAAG